UGCUGGAAGUAGCUCGUACCCGGUUAGUGAAAUCCGGGUUAGCAAAUUAAAGAAGGAAAAGUUUGAGAGAGUUCCAGAAGUCCGUUAGAAAGUUGAAAAGAAGAAACGCAAGGAAGUUACUCACUACACCAUUACACGUCGAACCCUACCCACCAAGAUGAGAGGGGAUGGUACCCAAAGAGAAAUCCAGCUGUUGUGUCCUUCACUAUCAAAUAUAGUAGUACCUAUCAUGGUUUGGGAAGAAGAAAGACUUGAUCUUGGCUCCAUUGCGAGCACUUUUGGACUUGACCCAUCAACAUUGAAGAUAAAUGGUCACUUUAUAAGUAGAGGGGUUGAUUUUAUUGCUUCUUCUGUUACAUGGAAAUCACUUCUUUCCUUCUUCUCUGUUCGUGGUUUCUCCACUGACCCACUCAUUCUUCAUGGAAACCUAUCUAAAGUUGGUUCCAAAAGAUCACAUAGUCCAACAGAAGUUGAAAAGGGGUUGCUCUACAGAAAGGAACUCAAUGAUGAGAGAGAGAAACAUCAUGAGGAAACCAACUCCCUGAGUAACAAGAAAUUCAAGGAAAGCACUAGAGGAGUGGCAUUAAACCUGAAAAGGAAGCUUUGUUUGGAAGGUUUGGGUCUGUUGAAGAGAUCAAGAACAAAUGAAUGUGAUUCAGGUUUAAGAGAGGAACAAGUGGAUUUCCCUAAAGCUGAUAGGCCACUUUUAUGCAGUUUAGCUAGUGAAAAGUUGAAAAGGAUUAGAGAUGAUGAGAUGGUUAUAACCACCCCGUUCAAGAGGAUACGAUAAUUUGAACAAACACAAACUGUGUUACCUAGUUGUAUAUUGAAGGCAUCGUUAGCAUUGUACUCACUCACCUGUAAAUCCUUGCCAGUCAGUUGAAGUUGAUUGCACAAAAGUUUCAAAUUGGAAGAGCAUUUUUUCAGUUUUGUCAAAGUAGAUUAUGACUUUUUCUAUGUAGUUUCUGAUGGGCAAGACGUCCUUUUUCCUUUUCACAUCGUUAGCAUUGUACUCACUCACAUGUAAAUCCUUGCCAGUCAGUUGAAGUUGAUGACACAAA